AUGGGAAUUUCAAAUUAUACAAUAGACGCGUACUACAAAAUGACAAGAAUUGCAAAUAGCAUUUUCUUUCCUCUUUUUAUUAUUACACUACCGUUAUACUGUCUUAUAUAUUAUGUUAUGUUUAUGGGGUACUUGGUAUACGAAGGCCCAGUCUUCUUGCCAGAUUCACUCUACUGCAUAUCUUAUUGCACAUUUAGGUGCUGCAUUAUUAUGGUACUUGGCAAUACAUUAGCUGGUGCCACGUGUGCUAUAGUUAAUUUGUUCUCUCCUUAUUACUUGGCUAAAUGUGUGGCGUAUCUUAUAAGUAUUUUAACCCUUCCCUGCAUUAUGCUAAUCUUAUAUCUGGCAAUUAAUUACGUAUCUGGAAAUAUUUGGUCUAAUGUACUGAGUAUUAUACAGGGCUCUACUACAAUUUUAUUUGGAGGAGUGCUUAUUUCUUUAAUACCACCAUUUUGUAGGAGAAGGGCCCACCUCAUGGCAAAAAUACUUUUAUUUGGAAUGAUUUCCUGUAAGAUCGCACUGCAGUCUAUCCUAUGGGAAUAUACGUAUCUGACAUGCAUUCCUGGUGUAUUUGGCAUGAUAUAUUUAAUUAUUCUUAAAAUGCACAGGUAUUUUUUGCGAAGAAUUAACUUUACAGAACUGUCUAGUUUCACUCACAGACUUAUAUGUAUAGGGUCUGGUGCAUUCAUUCGUAUAUACUUUACACUUAUAGUAUUUAAAAACAUAUUUAAAUUGAAUGACGAGCAGAGAUCGCCAGCCCGUAUGAGCAAGCUAUAUACAGGCGGGAUUCUGUUCAGUAUUUUAGCAGCACUUCUAUCUGGUGAAUAUUCUGCAGUGGGAAUGCCAAUUAACAUGAUUAUGUCACUGCUCUUUUACAUAUUAAAAAUAUUCUUUACCUAUUGGGUGCCAUUCAAAGUCCUUUACGCAAAUAAAGCAUUUGAGAAUGCAUCAGUUGUCAGUAAAGUAGACUGGUUUAGGAAUAACAGAAUGCACUUUGUAUAUUUUGAAGUGUGUAGGUACAUAUUCAUGACAUUCAUAAUUUUAUUACCACUAUGUGUGACGUAUUACAUAUUUGAAAGCUACCAUGGAGGCACCACAUCAGAAAUAUCAAUUACCCUGUCUUUUAUGCGCAUGACAUUUUCUUAUGUAUUCAAUGGAGUAGAGGCAUCUGCUAUGAUUGUGUAUAUAGGCCAAAGACUGUCUCUACCACAGAAAGUAGCUAAAAGAGUCACAUAUACAGAUAUAAUACACAUGUAUAGGCCUAAUAUGAUUUUAGACCACAUAAAUGACUCUGAUCAAUUUACAGAAUGAUUCUUAACCUUGCUGGUCUAUUAAGGAAUUAUCUAUAUUGUAAGUAAAUCAC